AUGUGGGGGUAUUUCAGUCAAUUCACACUAAAUGACUAUUCUAGGACUUUGUGGGCGACUUUUCUGAUCAACGGCUACUCUGAGCAUCGGAUUCCACUACUCCAUUCCAUCGGCGCUACAUACUCCGCCGCCACAAACUCUGUCUCUACCGUGAUUAUUCUCUGGAGCAACCCCUCCACUUCAAGCCAAACCCUAGCCGAGCUCUCGCAAAACCUCACAUAUAUCCGGAUCGCCUCAAUCUCAGUGAUUCGGCAACCAUCUACGAGCCUCAACCUCCAGUUCUACCUGCAUAAAUUGAUCUUGACCCGCGCCGUCCUCGUCUAUGACGAAGAUGUCGACCCCAAUAUCGAGUCCAUCAACUUCGCCUUCAGCGUCUGGAAAUCCAAUCCGGAUCGCCUGGUUGGGUUCUUCGCCCGGGCCGACGGCGGUCACCGCGCUAAGGAGAUAGCGAGAGAUUGCAGUUGCGACUGGGUCUGA